ACUAAACCUCAGGGGGGUCAUAAUGAUUUUCCCAAAAUAAACAUAUAAUAAAACAAAAGACUACAAUCGGUCUUGCCUUCUUGGGUUCGAAUCUGGAAACCCUAAACAAAAGACGGAAGAAGGUUCCCGCGUUUAAAAAAAAAAAGUUACGAUUUUCCCUCCUCUUUCCAUUCGCUGUUCCUAUCUUACCAAAAAACGCCGUCUCUUGUUUCUGUUUUUUUUUGGCCGAGUAUCUCUGGUUUUCUAGGAAAAAAGAAAUAGAAAAAUGGAAGAACCAUCCUUGAAUGAUGGUCCUGGAGUUAGUAUUUCUAUAUUUGAUUAUUCAAUCGAGAAUCAUUUUAAGGCGAUGGAUACAAUCUCUAAGCUUUGUGAAGAGUUCAAGAUUGAUGGUCUCAAUGAAACUGAUAUCCAGAGAUUCUCUUCUUCAAUCACUUUUUUAAGGGAAUGGAGGCAUUUUAAUUACGAACCUAGGAUCAUUAGGUUUGCUAGUGAACUACGAGAUUCACCAGGUAAAGGUGUUUCUGAUGUCAUAAACCUGCCUCAGUUUUCAUCAGCAACUGUUCCCAAGCAGCAGGAAGGACUAUGUGGAAGCAAUGCACCUCCGGAAUCCAGCAAGGACUUCGUGAUGUAUGUUGGAGGGUCUGUUUGGGCAUUAGAUUGGUGUCCUAGAGUUCAUGAGAAUCCCAACAGACCUGUCAAAUGUGAGUUCAUUGCUGUCGCUACUCAUCCUCCCGAAUCUUAUUAUCACAAGAUGGGCACCCCACUUACUGGUAGAGGCAUCAUUCAAAUAUGGUGUGUGCUAAAUGUUGGGGUGAAUGAGGAGGAAGAUCCACUGUCAAAGAAAAAGCCAAAACGGGGAUUUCAAAGUACGGAAGCCGUGGAGGAGAGCUCGUUAAAGAGGCCUAGAGGAAGACCUAGAAAGAAGCCACUAGAUGAAUCUCAAACAGAUCGGGUUAAGAGGCCAAGAGGUAGACCUAGAAACAAAUCAAUUGGUGAACCUCUUAACAGUGAUCAGAAUGACGAGCCUUUCCAGCCUCUUGAUGUUCAGUACCCAGAAGGUUCCUUUGAGCCAGUUUCUAUAGACAACACUCCUGGAAAUAUGCAAGAAAAUGUUCCAGAUAAGAAUCAUCAGAUAAGAAAAUGUUCUAGUAAUUCGUUUGAGGUCAGCCCGGGUUCUUCUAUUCCAGGGGACAUUGCACUGCCAAGAGCUGUCCUCUGCCUAGCUCACAAUGGAAAAGUUGCUUGGGAUGUAAAAUGGAAGCCUUAUGAUAUAAAUGAUUCUAAAUUCAACCAACGGAUGGGCUAUCUGGCUGUCUUACUUGGAAAUGGAUCUUUGGAAGUGUGGGAGGUUCCUCUUCCAAAUAUGAUUAGAAAUGUUUAUUCAUUGUCACCUAAACAGGGUACUGAUCCUCGUUUUGUAAAAUUGGAGCCAGUUUUGAAGUGCUCAAAGUUAAAAUGUGGUGAUAUACAGAGCAUCCCUUUAACAGUUGAGUGGUCAACCUCAUCUCCACAUGAUUACUUACUAGCUGGAUGCCAUGAUGGAAUGGUUGCGUUGUGGAAGUUCUCUGCAAGUGAUACACCUAAAGAUACAAGACCUCUGCUUUGUUUUAGUGCAGAUAGUGUUCCAAUUAGAUCGGUUGCAUGGGCUCCAUCUGGAAGUGAUAUGGAGAGCAGAAAUGUUAUUCUUACUGCUGGACAUGGAGGUCUUAAGUUUUGGGACAUACGUGAUCCAUUCCUUCCCUUGUGGGACGUCCAUCCAGCACCAAAGUUCAUUUAUAGCCUCGAUUGGCUGCCAGAACCAAGAUGUGUUAUUCUAUCCUUCGAUGAUGGAACAAUGAAAAUGCUCAGCUUAGUUCAUGCAGCAUGUGAUGUACCUGUCACUGGAAAACCUUUCACUGGGACCAAGCAACAAGGAUUGCACCUUUAUAAUUGUUCAUCCUUUGCUAUCUGGAGUGUACAAGUGUCACGAUUAACGGGCAUGGUUGCAUAUUGCGGUGCAGAUGGUACUGUUACCCGCUUUCAGCUUACUUCAAAAGCAGUGGACAAAGAUUUUUCUCGACAUCGAACCCCACAUUUUCCAUGCGGAUCCUUGACCGAGGAGGAAUCAGCUGUAAUAGUUAAUACUCCAUUACCAGAUAUUCCUGUGACAUUGAAGAAGCCGAGUAAUGAUUAUGGGGAGGGCCCAAGGUCCAUGAGGGCCUUCUUAACUGAGUCAAAUCAGGGUAAAAAUGCAAAGGAUAGGAAGGCAAAAGUUGCAGCUUCCAAUAAGCAAACUUUAGCCCUUUAUUAUGGCAAUGAUCCUGGUGUGGAAUCUGAAUCUGAGGAAACAUUGGCAGCUCUUCAAAGCAAAAGGAAACAAAAAUCUAACGGGAAGAAGAAAGCCGAUGAUGAUCAAGUAUUGGCAAUCAGAAUUGAAGAACCAACAAAUACACAGAAAGAAGAAACUGGAAAUGAAAUAGAAGUAUUUCCUCCCAAGAUUGUGGCAAUGCAUAGAGUGAGAUGGAACAUGAACAAGGGUAGUGAGAGAUGGUUGUGCUAUGGAGGAGCAGCCGGGAUUGUUCGAUGUCAAGAGAUUAUAGUUCCUGAUGUUGAUAAGAAAUCAGCUAGAAAAAGUUAAGAACGUUACAAGUUCAACAUUUUGACAAUGUCUUACAUUUUUAAGGUAAUGUCUAUAUUGGCCUUUCCCCUUUAUGUUUUAGCCCCAAAUUUCAAUCAAAAACCUCUCUUUUGUUAAUUCGUCAAUAAUUAUGCAAUUUGUUAAUAAAAUUUUACACUUUAAUUUCUGUGAUCACGGUUCAACAUCUUUCAAUCCAAUUAUAUAUGGGUGUAUUUUCCACAAAACCUAAGAAGGUAAGAAAAAAUAGGAUUAAAGAAUCAAAUUAUUUUUGAGAACCAUAAAUUAGAUAUGUUAAUUUCCAUGCAUCAACCACGUACAAAACAUAAAGCCAAGGACUUCAAAGCAAUGUUGUAAUGGGUUAAACUAGAAUCAAAUUAUUUUUAAGAAAAUAGUUUUUGCUUACACUAUUUGAUGUUUACUCCAAAAAAUUUCAUAGGUAUGAAAAUCAGCAGUGGGAUCAAACCAAAGAUGAAACUUUUGCUCUCAACCUCCUCCUCUAUCAUUAGCGAAAAUAUUUGUUUGUAAUGUAAAAGGUUGUCCUUUGCCACCUAAAAACUCAAAAGCUCGUCAUGGUUUCCUCCUGUGUUAUGUGGAUUUGAUGUCAACUGCAUCUGCAUGCAUGCCAUCAACCCACCAAAAUUUUCAUUAAAUUAUA